ACAGAUAAGACAACAGCAACAACACACUGGUCAAGGACUAACUACACGAAAUCGCAUAGAUAAUCUAACAACAACAAAAGUGUAUGUUUACUUUACUCGACUUUUUAACGAAAAAAGACUGGUAGGGCAUACUCCUAGGUUCUACAUACCAAAGGACCCAGUAAGGAGUCAGUAUGUUCAGUUUUUUCGGAAAUCGUAAUAAAGACUCUUCCAAGAAGUCAUCGUCAGAGGGUGGUACAGAUGGGUUCGUGAUAAUAGGAGAAACUGUGGAAGAACAGAGGAAGACGACCCAUAACGCGAACAUCGGCAAACCAUCAUGUAACGUUAUUGUGCAACCAUCAAAGUCCUCCAGUACCACACCUACCCAGGCCCACCACACUCCAGCCCCUGCUCCACCUUCAGUGAUCGCCCCAUCACCAGGACCUAUGUGGAAGCCCCCCGCGCCCAUAGUGGAGGCAGCACUGUCUCUCCCAGAGCUACUAGGAGAUGUCCCAUUCACCCUGGCCCCCCAUGUUUUGGCCAUGCAGACAGGGGGUCCUGGGUUCCCCCUCUUCUCUGAGAUGCUGAUGUCGCCCCAAGACAUCAACCACAACCUGGCCUCCUUCACCUACGACUUCACCCUGGAGAACUCUGUGCUCUGUGAACAUUGACCUGUAGAUAGUUUACUUGCUGACUAUGACCGCUGACCUUUUGAUCUGUCAACCUCCCCUCCAAUACCAGCCCUACGUCAACCCUGGGUCGUGUUCAUUGGGCAGCAAACAGAUGAAAACGUACUGAAACAAGACGGGACUACCUGGGCUUGUCCAAUAAGAAAGGCACAUGUUUGUUUUCCUUUCCAAAGUGUUUAGCUACGUUUGCCCUACUGAACACUACCUUGGACUGUCUUGGCUCGUUACCAUUCAGGUUUAGUUUCAGUUCUAUAGGCUCUGUCUGAGAAUGGUAGUACUAUAAUUAAUGAUGAACCAGGUUAUUGUGAUGAUCAGAGUUAGAAAACAGGUGUGAGUCAGUUGGGGUCAAAACUGCACCUGCCGGCAGUGAUGUAGGUUACACACAGUAUGUAGGUAGAUGAGUUCGCAGAGUUCCACCAUUAAGAUUGUAGACUACUAGUUCAAGGCGAAUCACUUUCUGAUGCGCCUGUCAUAGUAGUGCUGGUUCACUGUUUUAAGAACGGUGUGUAUCAGAAGAGCGCGAGCUUCAUGUCUGACUGGCAUGCUUCAUCAUAGCUUUGUGUUUCAUUUGAACAGUGUCUGGGUCUGUAGAUUCACCUGUUGUUGCUGUUAGUUUAGAAGUCACUGAUUGACCUUUGGGUUUGCACUAAUGUACGCAUGAGACAGAUGUCAGAUAGUUUUCAAAUCUUAUAAAGGAAAUUACACAUAUUCUUUAUUCGGUUACAAUGUUUUCUCUCUGCUGUCCUCACUUUUGCCCAUGAAGUUAAGAACGCUUUAAGAAAACAUUUGAAGAAGCGUUUGUGUAGCAUAAGCAUUUCUAUAGAGGAACUAUGUAGCUUUCUGAUCUAUUUUAACAUGUAAGAAUAUAUAUCCCCUAUUUUUCAACAUGUGUUAUCAGGACUCACUCGAUAUGGGGACUCGUAUGUGGCCUUUCUCUCUUCAUCAUCAUCAUCAGCAUGGCUCUAAUGAACGCAUCGUGUGUUGUAACUUUCCCAAACAUUGUAUUUAUUGUUAUUUAUUCUGAACCAACCAAGUUUCCCCCCAGUCUUCAUGGCACAGUUUAGAUUUGACAGUGUUUCAAGGUAUCCUGUCACAUGUACUGCAUUCAUUGCACACUGGCAAACAAAUGAUCUUGUGAACACACACAUGUUCAGUUACCUCUGACUGCUGUACAAAUGUGAGGGGGCAAGAAAAUACCAAUUAUAUAUAGUUAAAAUAAUUUUUAGGACUAUUAUUUGAAGUAAACUCCUUAUGAGUUAACUCCUAAGACAACCACUCAAGAACCUGAAAAGAUGGCACAUAAGUUGCUGUUAUUUUCAGUGCCAUGUUGUGGUAUUCCACAUCAUGUGAAAUCAUCCAUAGAGGCUGCAUUUACACACACAGACAAUUAUUAUUAUUAUUUUUUAAUCAGUUCUUUUGCCAAUAAUUGUGCAAGAAAAUCUGAAUUGGGCUGCAUGUGUGAAUUGGGCUGCAUGUGUGAAUUGGGCUGCAGCCUUACUACUACAUACAUUAUGAAAUAUUUGGGAUUUACCCUGUCUGGACAAUCCUUUGCUGUGCAUACCUGGAAACCAAGUGUAUUUAUAUCUGUCUGCGUUAAACGAUACUGUGGAUUUCCCCAGGCCUCUUCCUCUCUUUGUAAUUCAAUCACUGACCUAACAUAGCAUUUAGUUUUUUUUGAUUCACCGGUGUGGAAGGCUACAGUUGUUUGCUUUGUAUUUUGGGGGUGAUUUGAGUUUGAGUAACUUAGUUUAUUUGGUUUACUUGGAUGUGUUUUGGGGGUUUAGUUACGGUGUGGUUAAUUUGUGGUUGUUGUGCAUGUUUGCUAUUAACAAUACAUUGUUUUCAUUUAUCUUGUAAUUUUUAACUGAGGGGGUUUCUCUAAAGAUGGUUGACCUGUAAAAUCGUGAGUACUGUGUUUUUAUUAGUAGAAGCUGGUACAUAGGAAAUACAGUGCAUUUGGAAAGUAUUCAGACCCCUUGACUUUUUCCACAUUUUGUUACGUUACAUCCUUGUUCUAAAAGUAAUUCAAUUGUUUUUUUCCCCUCAAUCUACACACAAUACCCCAUAAUGAAAAACUGACAUCACAUUUACAUAAGUCUUCAGACCCUUUACUCAGUACUUUGUUGAAGCACCUUUGGCGGUGAUUACAUCUACAAGUCUUCUUGGUUAUGACGCUACAAGCUUGGCACACCUCUAUUGUCUUCCUUUUGGCCACUCUACUAUAAAGGCCUGAUUGGUGAAGUGCUGCAGGGAUGGUUGUCCUUCUGGAAGGUUCUCCCAUCUCCACAGAGGAAUUCUGGAGCUCUGUCAGAGUGACCAUUGGGUUCUUGGUCACCUCCCUGACUAAAGCCCUUAUCUCCUGAUUGCUCAGUUUGGCCAGGCUGUCAGCUCUAUGAAGAGUCUCUUGGUUAAUUCCAAACUUCUUCCAUUUAAGAAUGAUGGAGGCCACUGUGUUCUUGGGGAUUUUCAAUGCUGCAGACAUUUUCUGGUACCCUUCUGCAGAGCUGUGCCUCAACACAAUAAUGUCUCGGAGUUCUACAGACUUCGACCUCAUGGCUUGGUUUUUGCUCUGACAUGUACUGUCAACUGUGGGACCUCAUAUAGACAGGUGUGUGCCUUUCCAAAUAAUGUCCAAUCAAUUGAAUUUACUCCAAUCAAGUUGUAGAAACAGCUCAAGGAUGAUAAAAGGAAACAGGAUGCACCAGAGCUCAAUUUCAAAUCUCAUAGCAAAGCGUCUGAAUACUUUUGUAAAUAAGGUAUUUCUGUUUUUAAGUUUUUGUAAAUUUGCAAAAAUGUCUAAACCUGUUUUGCUUUGACAUGAUUGUGUGUAGAUUGAUGAGGGAAAAAAAUGCAUUUAAUCCAUUUUAGAAUAAGGCUGUAAUGUAAGUAAAUGUGAAGGGGUCUGAAUACUUUCAGAAUGCACUAUAUGUCAUAUUGGGUUAGAGGAUAUGUUUUACAUGCUAUCUGCCCUACUUACCUGCUUCUGUUUUCAUACCUGACCAUCAGCCAAGUAUUUGCACGUUAUCCUGAUAUUAUGUACUCCGUGUUGGGGAAGCUAAUUUGAACAGAUCACGCUGUAGUCAGAUAUUAAACUAAUAUGAAAUUUAUCCAAUUAAUCACAACAACAAAAUUCAAGUGAGAAUUUGGGCGGUCCGAUGCUGAAAAAGAAAGAUGAUUGCCUAUUUCACCCAUAUUUUAUUUUUGGAAAAGAGUAGUAGAAUGUAGUUCCAGUAGUUAGCCACACCAUUAAAUGGCAAAAAAAGUAAUUCGCUACUGAAAACACUACCUUGAUUUCAAUUGAGUUCAACUACCACCAAGCUACUGCAAAAAUGUUGUUAAAUCACUAGUUGAACUACAUGUACAGUACUUCACUAAUCCCCAACACUGCAAGUACUGUAACUUCAAAUUGAUAUUAAGAGUUAUGGAGGAUGUUACAUGCAAUAGUACAUCUGGUUAACCUCUGCACAUGCAGUUGUGCGUUCUUUGAAAAUGUGCCUACCUCUGAAGAAGUUUGAAUGCCACUUUAAAAAGCAAACCAUUUUUACCUUGUGGUAAAUCUGCCAAGUUUACACCCCCUUAUUCUGAACCCUGUCUUCAGCUUUACUUCCUUUUCAGUCCUUGUCCAAUGCCUUUUAUUUUGGUUCUGUACCCUCUUUGUGUUUUAAUUGUAUAUGCAUUUGAUUUGUGAAUCAGCUAUACAUAAUCUUAUGUUUGAAUGUGGGUGAAAACUUGAUCAAAUUUGUACAAAAGCAGACUAUUAAAAACUAUGUAAACUA